GGGGAGUACAGUGAAAAUAUCUUAGGAAAUUGAGUUUAUCCGGUUUGUUCAGAAACCGACGCUUUACCUUUUUUUUUUUUUCGUCUCUCUCAUUUUUUUUUUAUUUCCUUUCUUUCUUUCUUUUUAUUUGUUAUCCCCAAAGAAAAUGUCAACAAUCAAUGAUAACGAUACAAAAACUAAUGAAGGAAAAGCUCAACAUUCUGCUACACCUAAAUUGAUGCUUCGUACUUAUCGACCUACAGAUUAUGAAGCAGUGCGUGCCCUUUAUACUUCUACGUUAUUCGCUCUUGUGCCGGAAGGAGUACGACGCAAGUUGUGGAGUGCAUCGACGUGGAUCAUCUGGUUUUUGGGUUAUUCUAUACUUCUCACGGUAGUGCCCAAUUAUUUAGUCAAGAUGGUAUUUCCUGGAGUGGACAUUGAAACAAGUUAUUGGAUCAAACUACUCAAGUUGGUGUUAACUUUUGUCUGGGCCAUGGUUGGUUUUAGUGCCAUGUUUAUUAUCACAGAACGAUUUGAAAUCACAGAUAAAGUAGAACAAGCAUUGGCCAAUGAUCUCAAUGAUCCUGAUUCGGUAUAUCUUCACUAUGAACAAGAUGAUAAUGCCAAGGUGCGUCGACGAAAAGUUUCUACUGAAUUGGAUGAAGUGAUGCCAGGUCAUUUUUGGGUUUUAUUAGCCAAUGAAGAAGUAUGUGGUAUGGUAGGUCUUGCUCCUGCAUCCGAUCAUCCAUUACUUGAUCAACGUCCUCAUAUUCUUCCCAUAUGGAAACAAGUCAUCAAGUCCCUUCAUUUACCUAUUCCUUUUUCUUCUUCUUCUUCUUCUGUGGAUCGACCUGUCAUCAUUCCUGCUCAACCUCAACAUACUGCUACUAUUGCUCGAUGGGCCAUUGCUAAUGAUUAUCAACAAUGUGGAUUAUCUUCUCUUUUGAUUCAUCGUGUCAUGACAUGGGCUCAAGAAAAUGAAUUGACUGAUAUCUAUGCUAUUACAAAUGAAGUACAAAUGGCUGCUGAACAAAUCUUACAGAAACGUCAUGGAUUCCAAUUGGUCAAAAAGAAUAAAAUUGGUUGGUUUGGUCGUUAUGAAUGUAUUUGGAAAUGUCAUGUAGAUGAUUGGGUGGAACAAAAUAAGAAUCAUGUCAAUUCCAAAUUCAAGCCUACUAAUCGUACUAGUUAGUUUUAAUUUAUUUAUUUACUUAUAUUAUUUUAUAUCAUCUAGUGUUUAAUAAAGAAGAAUAGUGUAUGUU